AUGAAUCCGUUACUUUUUAACGAUAGAGCAUUAAAGGGUCCAGGAGUAAUUGCUCGAGUGACACCAACAGGAACACAAUACGUGGCAUCUGUAGUUGCUGCUGCCUUUUCUUCUCAUUUUGCUGAUAUUAAACCUCCAAAAGAACGAAAAGAUCACCAAUUGACAUCUGCACCUACAGUAACCCUUCGUCGUUUGAUGCUUGAAACAUUACAGUUGGAUAAACAACUUGUCAGUACGACGACUUCUGAUGGUCUUCUGAGAAUUGCAGUUCGUAAUAUCUCAGUCAGUACUUCAGCUGUUUUGGCGGGAGAAUUAAGAGGAAUCAAACUUCAAGAUAGUGUCACAUUCCGAACUCCAAGUUUAAGACUAGAUGUAGCCAUUCGAAUUACGAAAAAUGGUGGAGGAAAUCCAGCAUUAAAAAUGGAAACAUGCAAAAUUACGACUCAAGGAAUCAAAUUAAUCACAAAGCCAAUGGAUCCACGAAAUGGAAAAUCACUUGCCGAUGCAAUUGCAAACGAUGCGAAUUCCAUUUUCUCGGAUAUGAUAUGUUCAAAAAUUGAUCACAUCGUCACUAACAGAGUCAACCAACGUUUUGCUCUCCUUUCCAGUCGCAUUUCCUUAGAAGAUUCCAAAAAUUUUGAUAUUGUGAAGAUAAUUAUGCAAGCUGAGGAGAGAAUGAAAAGACUUGUCAGACAGAAUAGACUCAGAUCAAACCAAACGAUUCGAAGAAAUGUUCACGCUCAUAAUGCGAGAAGAGUAUCGAGAGAUCCAGUUAGAGGAAAACGACAAAUGGAUGAGGACAAGUUCCAUUUGAUUCUCAAUUCUUUCAAUUUCUCUCGUGCCGAUUCCCUGAUGCUUGAUUACUCAAUGAUCACAUCUCCAUCUCUCACUUCUCGUGGAAUUGAGCUUCAAACAUCUGGAGAAGUCUUCCAAUCAGGUCAUGUGACUCCAUUCGGAGCUGGUCCCAUAUUCUUGCCACGUGUUCCAAAUCCAUCUCAAAUGCUUCAAAUUGUUGUCAGUGACUUCGUUCCAAAUGCGUUGAUGUUCCAUGGACAUCGAAUCAAACUCUUCGAUACUCGAAUCGAUUGGACAACUCCACAAUUUGGGCCAGUCAUGAGAACAACUUGUGACUUGAGUACUGGAUCAUUGUUCUGUAUUGGAGAUUUAUUCCCAGCACUCAGAGAAAUGUUACCUGAUAGAAAUAUUGCAUUCGUAUUCACAACAUUGAAAGCUCCAGCAGUUAUUGUACAACCAGAAGAGAAAGGAGGAAUCCACUUCAGUCUACUUGGUCUCAUUCGUUUGGUUUCUGAUAGAAAUGAGCCAAUUGGAGAAAUGGAAAUUCGAAUUGAAGCUCUUAUGAAAAUGAAGUUGACACCAAAAAGUGUAAAAGGAAAGGUGACGAUUGAAGAGAUUCAAUUUACAUCUCGUUCUCCACGAAUUCUACUCCAAGAAGAGCUCGAUGACGCUGGUUUCUUAUCUCGUGAAAUUCUUCAACGAAUGGUUAAUGAUAUCCUCCGACAGGGAAUUCCAAUUCCAAUUCAUCCACUUUUCAAACUUGUCAAACCGAAGCUUACUCUUAUGUCUCGCUCAUUACUUUUGGAAACAAAUUUCUUGCUGAAUGAGCAUAUUAUUGCUCAAUUAACAGCAGAAACACUUGUUGCAUAG